AUGGCCACUCCAACAUCUUUUCUAGUGCUCUCAGACACCCACAACUUCGAACGCGAUGCCUCGCAGCCCUACCCCCUCUGCCAAAAAAUCCCGAAAGUCGACGUCGUCCUCCACUGUGGCGAUCUUACACAAGUCGGUGGCGUCGGUCCAUACAAGAGAGCUCUCAAAAUGCUCGGCGAUCUUGAUGCGGAGCUCAAACUGGUCAUUGCAGGCAAUCAUGAUCUGAGCCUGGACAGCGAGUACUGGAAAACACAGCCAGAAGAAGACCAAGAAGACGAAAAGGACGACCACAAGGAGGCCGUAGACAUUAUGCAGGGAUCUCUUGCCAAAGCCGCGAAUGUCACUUACCUUACGGAGGGGUUGUAUACCUUUUCGCUCAAGAAUGGCGCUACCUUCAAAAUCUUUGUCUCGCCCUACCAGCCGGAGUGUGGAGAGUGGGCGUUUGGUUACAAGCGAGGCGAAAAGCGCUGGAAUAUUCCGACAGAAGCUGAUAUUGUCAUGACGCAUGGUCCUCCGCAAGGUAGUCUUGACUUUACCGGAAGUGAGCAUGCUGGCUGCGAAGAUCUGCACAAAGCUAUUGAGAGCACUCAACCCUUGAUGCAUUGCUUCGGGCACAUCCACGAAGGUUACGGCGCUAUGAUGAAGGACUGGGCGAAUGAUGGCGAGAUCUCUGCACAAGAUGCAAAGUCGAUCGAGUUCUCAAAGGCAGGCACGGAUGAGAAGGUAGUCACAGCUUCGCAUGCUCGAGGCCAAAACACUCUCAUGGUGAACGCUGCGAUCAUGGACGAAGGAAACAAGCCAGUCAACGCGCCAUGGUUCGUGAGGCUUCCGCUUUGA